AUGCUGUCGCGGCCGGGCGCGGAGCGGGGCGCGGGGGCGGCGCGGCCCGCCGGCUCCCUGCCCCGCCGGCCGAGGAUGUGCAGCGGCGUGGGCUGCUUCUGGGCGCUGCUCUCGGCCGCGCUCCUGGCCGCCUGCGCCUCCGCCUUCCUCUCGCCCGCCUGGCUGCUGCCGCCGGGCCGCGCCGCCGCCAGCUUCGGCUUGCUGCGGCGCUGCGCCGAGGCGCCCCGCGGCUGCUCCGGCUCCGCGGGGCCCGGCCGCUUCGGGGACAUCCCCUCCGGCUCCUGGCAGGCGAGCGCGGCGCUGUGCGCGGGCGGCGGAGCCCUGCUGGCCCUCGGCGCCCUCCUGGCCCUCGUCGCCGUCCUGCUGCCCGCCGGAGCCUGCGAGAGGCGAGCGUGCACCCUGGCCGGCUACGUGCAGGCGGCCGCAGUGUUCAUAAUGGCUUCUGGGCUUUUGGUUUAUCCUCUUGGUUUCAACUCUGCUACUGUGAAGAGAUUCUGUGAGAAUUCAGACAUCUACUAUGCAGGAGACUGCCAGAUUGGAUGGGGGUAUAUGCUGGCAAUUGUUGGGGUCAUGUUGUCUGUCUUUUUACCGUUCUUUGCAAAAUAUGCACCAAAAGAGCACAUAUCUCCAACUCCAAUACCUACUAUUUUAUAGUAUUUUAUUAUUGUUUAAGAACAGAACAUCCCUGUCUACAGGCAAUGGGCAGAAAUUAUUAUAGCACUUCCAUUUAGCUGUAUGGCUAAAGAAAAGGAGACGGAGAGAGAAGGUCAGACAUGCAAAGACCAAAAGUGCUUUGAUAGUCUUCCGUAAGUAUGAGUAGCAAACACUCUGGAAUCGAACUAAGAUUAAUCAGCAGACUUUAUACUGCUCUAAACAUAUACUGGCGUAAUGCCUUAGACAAAAAAAAAAAUCUGUUUAUCCUCAAUACAUCUGUCUACCUCCCAAAUAGUUUCUUUUGUGUCUCAAAACCUUAAGUCUUUUAAAAGCCUCGAUUCACUUUUUAUAUAUUACUAAAUGUCCAAACUUUUAUGAACCCAAUAAUUUUAAAAAUCAAUAAUAUUUUGUUAUGAUUAUUUUGAUUAGUGAAAAAAAGCCUGCUAGUAGCUGUGGCCUAAAAUUUAGCUUGAUAUCUAAAAAGAAUUGUAUACAAACAAAAAGUUUCUUCUUAAUCUAUAUGCUUUAGUAGUACCUGCAUAUUGUAAGUUGUAGGCACAAUUUCUAAUGUUGAGCUAAUAUUCAAGAUAUAAAGUCAUUUGCAUGGAGACUUGCAUACAUUUUGGAUGACUUUUUGUCACAGAGAGCUCUGACUGCUUCCAAAGGCUCAAUGAUGAUCUGCUUAACAACAGGAAAAAAGUGGCAAGAAAUUGUUUUAUAUAUUUCUCUAGAUAAUUUUAUGUGGAAUUUUACAAAAGCAUUUGAACUGUGACAACUGUAGGUUUUGGGUUCUGUUGGAUGUUUUUUAAGGCUGGAAAAGCAAAUACUUUGUUUAAAAAAUAUGGGUGCCCAUAGGCCCUUUUAUGGAGUGAUAAUACAAGUGAGAAUGGACCGGAUUCUGGUAUUUCCAUUCCUACUGAAUAACUCAUUAUCCUAACUAAAAUUAUUGUGAAAUGAAAAGCUACUUAACAUGAAUAAGCAUCUGAUGCCAUGUCAGAACAAGAAAAUGGUCAUAUUUCAUGGAUAUUUGUAUGUGAAAUUUGUGAAGUCUAAUUUUCCUAUAGUAUUUGGAUUCAUCACUAUCACAGAUUGAAGUGCACUUUUGAUUGCCUUAUGCAAAACAUUGGCUUCUAAUCUCACUUCACUCUUAUGUUUUUCAUUUAAAAUAAAAAUUGAAUUCUAAUCCUAUUCUCAUAUUACUACAUAAUCUUUUAUUUUCUAUUAUUUAUUGAUAAAGAAAUAAAGAGGAUAGUUUAUAUUUAAUUCAGAGCUGUACUUCUCAGUUUUGUAUUUUGGCACAAAUCAAGUGAUCAAAUUUAUUAUUCUUCAUUUAGUUGAGCCCAACUAAUUUGUGCUUUUUUAACAAAUUAAAAGUAUACAUGAUGGGACUGAUAGAAAAAUGUUGAGGAAGUAUAAGAAAAUGCAAACAGAAGAGAUAGUUUUAUUUUAAUACAUGUCAAAGAGUUCUACAGUCUUGUUUACAUUCCUCUACCUUCUGAACAUCAAUGAAACAUUAUUAUUUUCCAAAAUAGUUGUUUGUUGUUACAUUUUCAUGCACUCUAGAGCAAAUUCUGCAUAUAAACUUAUUAACUUCCAUUACUAAUCUACUAAAAUACAGAUUUCAGAGUAGAAGUACAUUGAAAAAGAGAGAGCGAGCUAUGUGUUUUACCCACAGUAACUAAGGAAUUAAAUCUUCCAAAUAUUUAAUGAAAUAGUUUGAAGGAAUGUCUCUAAAGCAAAAAGAAUAAAUUCCAGUCAUCUCUUUAUAGCAAUGUACUUUUUAGUAAUGUUUUAAACUUUUUUUUAUGAAUGGCUGAAAUUGAUAAUUUUCAUAUAAAAGUCAGAAAAGUGAGGAAAAAAUGAACAAAAAACAGAUAAAAAGAAAAUCAUAACUGCAACGUAGAGAGAGAAAGAGAUGCAGGCUUUUCUUUCCUAACCAACCUGUGCCUUUACACUAGAACCAUUAUACAAGACAGGAUCAAUACGGUAAAAAAAAAAACAACAACUGAAAAAUGUUGAAGUGUGUAAAAACUGUAUUAUGUAGGUUUUUUUCUGUUUUGUGUAAUGUUUAUGAUUGUUCCCUUAAUGUUUCACCGGAAGAAGUGAUUUGUUAGUGUAAAAUAGAAAACAUUUUUUGCAAAGAUCCAAAUGCUUAUAAACAAUAAAAUUAUGUUAGAUUAUUAUUGAUAUCCAUAACAUACCUAGUAGACAGAAAUGGCCAUGCCUUUCAUUGCUUCCUGAUAUAACUUUCAUAUGUGCAGGACUGGAACUAUCAUUCCUUCAACAGAAUCAGUAGGACUACAACACCUGUGUGCUGCUGCUGAUGCACACAUGUGCUUGCAGGCCUGGUCCCGUACUUCAAGCUUCCUUUGUAAUUUUAACUUACUGUUACAAUGGAGUCUUACAAUUUACAACACUGCUGUACCAAACCUUUCACUUUUUAAAAUUUGAUUUUUCUGUUUUGAACAUUUUCAAUCUCUACUUUCUGUAACCUGCUUCACUUUUUAUGAAUUAAACUAAUGCCUCCUUUUGGAACUUUAAUAUUUUGUAUUUAAAGGAAAUUGAAGAUAUGUAUAUAGCCUCUACAACUGGAUAGACGGAACUGUCAUGUAAAUGUCCGUGUUCAGAACUAGUUUACCACAGAAGCUAGAGCUGAUAAUAUAAAUGAUUCUAACAACAGUUAGUAAAGCAUACUAACUACAAAAAAGUCUAAGCAUAAACUUUAGAUCCUCAAUUGGAAUUUAAAGUUGGAUGCUUUUAAUGAUUUGUUUUCUAACACUGACAGAUCACUUUUUUAAUAAAGACUGUCUGCAAGUUAAAUUGUGUAAAAGCGUUUUCUUGUUAAAAGUCAAAAUUUACUGGAUCAGGUUCAAGUUUUAUUCUAAAUAUAUAAUUUUUUAAAUGUAACUAAAGCUGUAUUUUCCAUUAAUGUGUUUCUGCGUUGACUAGCUGACUCCUUUUUAGGAUAUUAACUGUUUUCUGUAUUUGACUUGUUGGAUACAAUAUUUCAAUUAUUUUAAAUGUGAAAUUUCCAAUUGCCAACACUGUAUAAUAAAAAACCCCACACUGUU